UGCUUCUCCCCACUCACACCCGGAGUCGCAAGACAGACUGAGGCAUCUCACAAACGAGGACUAGACCAACCCAGGCAAAAUGGUGAAAGUCGGUGUCAAUGGAUUCGGCCGCAUUGGUCGUCUGGUGACCCGUGCUGCCUUCCACUCCAAGAAGGUGGAGGUUGUGGCCAUCAAUGACCCUUUCAUUGAUCUGGACUACAUGGUGUACAUGUUCAAGUAUGACUCCACCCACGGCCGCUACCAUGGCGAGGUCAAGGCUGAGGAUGGUCACCUGGUCAUCGACGGACACAAAAUCACUGUUUUCCACGAGAGGGACCCCACCCACAUCAAAUGGGGUGAAGCUGGUGCUCAUUACGUGGUUGAGUCUACUGGUGUGUUCACCACCACUGAGAAGGCCUCUGCUCACUUGAAGGGUGGUGCCAAGAGAGUCAUCAUCUCUGCACCCAGUGCUGAUGCUCCCAUGUUUGUGAUGGGUGUCAACCAUGAGAAAUACAACAACACCCUCCAGGUUGUCAGCAAUGCUUCCUGCACAACCAACUGCUUGGCCCCCCUGGCCAAAGUCAUCCAUGACAACUUUGGCAUCGUUGAGGGUCUCAUGAGCACAGUUCAUGCCAUCACUGCUACCCAGAAGACCGUGGAUGGCCCCUCUGGAAAGUUGUGGAGGGACGGCCGUGGUGCCAGCCAGAACAUCAUCCCUGCCUCUACUGGAGCUGCCAAAGCUGUGGGCAAGGUCAUUCCUGAGCUCAACGGCAAACUGACCGGCAUGGCCUUCCGUGUCCCCACCCCCAACGUGUCCGUGGUUGACCUGACAGUCCGUCUGGAGAAACCUGCCAAAUACGACGACAUCAAGAAGGUCGUGAAGGCUGCAGCUGAAGGACCCCUGAAGGGCAUUCUGGGAUACACAGAGGACCAGGUUGUAUCCACAGACUUCAACGGCGACUCUCACUCCUCCAUCUUUGAUGCUGGCGCUGGCAUCGCUCUCAGUGACCACUUUGUCAAGCUGGUCUCAUGGUACGACAAUGAGUUCGGCUACAGCAACCGUGUCUGUGACCUGAUGGCCCACAUGGCUUCCAAGGAGUAAACCAACCUGUUGACCGUCAGUGCAGUAUGCCGCAUCAUCCACAUUCUCCUGAAUCCAGAGUUAUACAUUUACAAAAGGACAUUGUAUUAUCUAUAGCUCUGCUUCUUCCAUCUGAUAAUUGACCCCAUUAUACGCCUGAGGAACGGUCCCACAGAGAGCAGUCAAACAAAUUUAAAUUGCUGACCAAUUACUUUUUUUAUUAGGUAAAUUCCCUGUUCUGUUCUUGUGUGAGAUGGCGUCAAGGUGUGAGAGUCUGUCUGUAGUACUGAAGUACUGCAGUCAGUGGUGGAAUAAAGUCCUCUGUUUGUGA